UCUCUCUCUAUUCGAGCGUGUAGAAUCUCUCUCUCUCUCUUGCUUGCACAGAUUCUCUCUCCACUCGGCAAGCUUCCAAUCGCCGGGCCUUUGAGAAACCCUAGCUCUCUCUUUCUCUCUCUCUCUCUCUCUCUCUGUUCUGCUGCCGCGUUCGGAGCAGCUUCGAGGUUUGCCGUUCGCGCUCCUCCGCCAGUGACCUGCGAUGUCGACUCCUGCGAGGAAGAGGCUGAUGAGGGAUUUUAAGAGGUUGCAACAGGACCCACCGGCAGGCAUUAGUGGGGCGCCCCAAGAUAAUAAUAUUAUGCUUUGGAAUGCGGUGAUAUUUGGUCCUGACGAUACUCCAUGGGAUGGAGGUACGUUCAAGUUGACUCUUCAGUUUUCAGAGGAUUAUCCAAAUAAACCUCCAACAGUGCGCUUUGUUUCUCGAAUGUUUCAUCCAAACAUUUAUGCCGACGGAAGUAUCUGUUUGGAUAUAUUGCAAAACCAGUGGAGUCCUAUAUAUGAUGUUGCAGCAAUACUCACAUCUAUCCAGUCUUUACUGUGUGAUCCCAAUCCGAACUCUCCUGCAAACUCGGAAGCCGCUCGAAUGUUCAGCGAGAACAAGCGUGAAUACAACCGGAGAGUAAGGGAAAUAGUGGAGCAGAGCUGGACUGCCGAUUAAAUUCAAUCCCGGGGCAGCGGUAGAGAGAAGGUCAAGUUUGGGGGUUUUCAUUCGCGGAUUGUAAUCCACAAUCGAAACAAGGGGUGUGUAACUUGUAUCCUGUAGUAAAAAUGCCACACUUCAAUGCUUUGUUAUGUCAAUUGUUUGAAAAAUCAUUUGUUGUGGUGCUAUUGUCUUUCCAAGCUUGGCCAGAAUUUUAACUUUGUAAAAGGUAGAGUUGAACUAUCAGCAGUGUAUUGGUGAAAGUAAUGUAAUAUAUGGGUUUAUUUGAUUGCA